AGUUGAGGCUGGCUAGGCUGGAGACCCGGAGCCUGGAUGAGUUCUUCCGAAACUCCGGCAUUUGCGCAUCGCGAUUGGCUGAGAUCCGGCGCUUUACGCCCCCAACAUGCUCCAUCGAGUUUCAUUCGCUACCGUGGGCAUCAUGCUAUACGGAACGGUCCUCGUCUAGAUCUCAAAUUCCUGCAUCCAAUAUGUCAACAUCAUCGAGACCGUCGGCGUAAUAUUGUUGCGCGAAUGUCGUCACCAGCUUCAGGGGCCUGCGAUAACAUCGAGACUGAAGACGUACAAAAGCACGAGCAAGCCAAUGCGACAGCACAGAACCAUCCUCACUCCUCACCCGCAAUUCCUACAGAAGGAAACCUAUACCUAGUACACUUCCGAGAACUGUUCAAUCUCGCUACGGGUCUUCUGCUGCCAUACGCCCUGCAUCCCUUGCUUGCCAUUGAAGUUUUUCAUCCCGGAUUUGCCAGCAUGUGGCCAUUCAGCACUAGCUCCUCAUUCGUCCCCGCCACAAGCAUCCAAAGCCUGGCGGGCAAAGUCAUCCUCGUGACCGGGGGGAAUAAUGGUAUCGGCAAGGAGACAGUCCUGCAACUCGCGAAGCACAACCCUCAAAAGAUCUACCUUGCUUCAAGAACCGAAUCCAAAGGACGUGAUGCCGUAGCGUCAAUCAAGGCGCAGACCUCACAAGAUGUCAAUGUCGAGUACCUUCCUCUUGACCUCACCUCAUUGCCCUCCAUCAAACAAGCCGCCGACCAAGUCAUCAGCCACAGCGACCGACUAGACAUUCUUGUUCUGAAUGCUGGUAUUAUGGCUGUUCCUGCAGGCAAGACAGCCACGGGACAAGAUGUUCAGAUGGGCACCAACCAUGUGGGCCACUUUCUACUGACGAAACUCCUCCUUCCCACCAUGGAAAAGACCGCCAAGGAGCGCAACUCUGACGUGCGCGUUAUAUCUGUCUCCUCCGAGGCUUGGAACAUGGCCCCAAACCUCGAUACGAUCCUGUCGACGGAAAAGCUUACAGCUACUGGUCCUUGGACCCGAUAUGGAGCUUCCAAAGCGGCCAACAUCAUCUUUGCUGCCGAGUUGGCUCGGCGUUAUCCGACGCUGACCAGCGUGUCGCUUCAUCCCGGCAUUAUCAAAACCGAUCUUUACAUCCCAAACACUCAGACCAACCCCAUUAUGAAGUACGGGUCCAUGAUAUUUGGGCCGUUGAUGUUCCAGACCAUCGAGGCUGGAGCCUUGAAUCAGCUGUGGGCAGCAGCUGGCGCCAAAAAGGAGGAGCUGGUCAGUGGAGGGUAUUACACACCUGUUGGCAAGCAUAGGCCGAACAAGUGGACCAAAGACGCAGAGGCGGGACAGAAGUUGUGGGAGUGGACAGAGAAGGAGUUGAAGACUGCUGGCUACUGAUUUCAUGUCGAAAAGGGUGUCUUUGGGGGGCAGGGUUAGGACGGGAGUUGGGGUUCGUCUGGAACUUUGGGUGUUGACAUACUAAACGGAGGCUUUCUGAUUCGCAUUGCGAGCGACAACAAUUCUGGUUUCUGUCAUGUUGGGUUGCCGGCAUGGUGCGACCACGGCGAGCUGAUUGAGAUCUUCUCGAGGCCCAUAGCCUCCGUUGGCUCAUAUUGGCAACUGUUUUUAGUGAGCUGGGUUCGGGGGUUUAUGCACAGGAAUGCUCGAGCAUUACAGCACAACCAUGAUUGAUCCCGACUAAACCAAGCCCUUUACUGAAUAACCCGAACAUCGCUCGCAAAGAACGACUGCCUUUUCCAGCUAGAGAGUGUUGACCACGC